AACCAGCCCCUCCAUGUGUCAGGCGGGUGAGGACUACGCGGAGCCGGCGCAACGGGACCCCCCGCCCGUGCCGCGGCCGAGCCGGGAGCAGAAAUGUGUGAAGUGCGCCGAAGGCCUGCCGGUGGUGGUGAUCCGAGCGGGAGACGCCUUCUGCAGGCUAACUCCUGUAAUUCCAACACUACGGAUUCCAGGACAGGAGAAUUACCUCAGUCAGAUUCGAGGCCAGCUUGGGCUGCAGAGAAAAUCUCUCAAAAUUCCACAAAUUUCCUUGAUGGGCCUACUGGGAUUGUUUCAAGGCAUUCUAUGUCCACAAGUUCAGAGCCAUGCUUGGGAAGAACCGACUCAUUUUUCCUGGUGCUCUUGGCGUGGUCUGGGGGCCCUUCGUCCAGCUCCAUGGUCUGGCAAGUUCUUGAGGGCCUGAGUCAGGAUUCUGCAAAACGGCUCCGCUUCGUGCCAGGAGUCAUCUAUGUUGACGAAGGAGCAGCCUGUGGCCAGAGCCCAGAAGACAGAGUAAAGACCUUGGCUGAGGUGAAGCUGAUCCUGCAGAAAACUGGCUUUCCAUGGCAUGUGGUUGCCUUGGAGGAGGUGUUCAGCUUGCCACCAUCGGUGCUGUGCUGUGCUUCCCAGGAGCCAGCAGGGACAGAGGAGGCCUACAAGGUGGCCGUGGACAGCUUCCUGCAACAGCAGCAUAUGCUAGGGGUUGAGGGCUGUGUGAGCCCAGCUGAGGGAGAGGAGCAGAUGCACCUAUCCCACAGCCAGGAAUCUCUGGGCACAACUGGGUCCCCCAUAGCCGCUCAGACUGAGGCCUUGUCUAGGUUGUUUAACUCCAUAAAGACACUGACAGCCAAAGAAGAGCUUCUGCAGACCCUGAGGACCCAUCUUAUCGUGCAUGUAGCCCGGACCCAUGGCUACUGCAAGGUGAUGACUGGGGAGAGCUGCACCCGCUUGGCCAUCAAGCUUAUGACCAACUUGGCCCUGGGGAGAGGAGCCUUCCUUGCUUGGGACACGGGCUUCUCAGAUGAGCGACAUGGGGAUGUGGUGUUGGUGAGGCCCAUGCGGGACCACACGCUGAAGGAAGUGGCCUUCUACAACCACCUGUUUGGUGUGCCCUCAGUCUUCACACCAGCCAUUGAUACCAAGGCUCCGGAAAAGGCUAGCAUCCACCGGCUGAUGGAGGCCUUCAUCCUGAGGUUGCAGACUCUGUUCCCCUCUACAGUCAGCACUGUGUACAGGACAAGUGAGAAGCUGGUCAAGGCUCCCAGGGAAGGCUGUGCCACCGGCCCCUCAGGCCCCAACUGCCUCCUCUGCAUGUGUGCCCUGGACAUCGACACUGCUGACAGUGCCACGGCCUUUGGGGCUCAGUCCUCCUCACAUCUCUCCCAGAUGCUGCCUGCUGAGGCUGGGACACCUACCCCGCUCUGCUGCAGUGCAGGGGAGGGUCCGGCCCAGAGCUGCCACAGGGCAGUUGGCAGGAGGGGGGACGCACAGGCCUGCAUCACAGAGCAGCUGUGUUAUGGCUGCCGGGUGAACAUGAAGGACCUGCCCUCCGUGGAUCCAUUGCCACCCUAUGUCUUGGCCGAGGCUCAGCUCCGCAGCCAGAGGGCCUGGGUCUCUCAGGAAAUCCAGGAGUAUCUAAUUACAGACAGUGAUGAGGAAGAGGAGGAAGGCAGAGUGGAGCCUGGGCAUGCCCAAUCAUGCAAAGCCGUGAAGCAGGAAGGUGAAGACACAGGGAUCGGUCUGUGACUGUCCAUUUGUAUAAAUAAAAAUGUUUUUACUU